AUGCGUGGACAGCCGGUAGCCGAGGACGAUGCCGAGGAUGUGAAGGCGGCCGCGUUUUCGCUGACCAAGGGCGAGCUGGCCGCGCUGGGCGUCGGGGGCGGCGACGACGAGGACGACGAUGAGGACACGUCGCUGCUCUCGUCGCGGAUGCUCAACCAGGGCUUGCCCACCCUGCCAGAGUCGUCAUCCCACAUGCUGUUCAAGUCGGUUUCGUCGUCGUCACUGAUGUCGUCGACCCAGGCGCUACCAUCCAAGCUCCUUGUCGACGCGCCCGAGCUGGACAUGGGCUCCGAGCUCAACUCGCCGCACGACUCGGACUCGGAGGUGACGAACUCAGAAGUCAGUGACGUGGCCUCCGGCCUCGGUGGACUCAGCCUCACCCUCGCAACGCCGCAAGCGGCCAUGCUGGAAAAGGCCCGCCUCAUACGGGUCGAUGAGGCCAAAUCCGCUGCCGCCAACGAGACCAUUUUCCAUUCGCUCUUUGACCAGUUCCAGGCCCUCGCCCAUCAACUGCCCGGCUCGCACUCGCUUGUUGUCAGCAUGGUCAAGGGUGACAUUGACGGCCUCGGGCCGAACGAGGCCUUCUCCUCGACCUUUUCGCCGCUCAUCGCUGCCGCCCAGCUACUGCAGGCCGUUGUCGGCCUGGGGUGCCAUCUUUUGACCUCGACUGGGCGCGCAGCUGCAGAGCCGGAGCGAGUCGCCAUCACUGCCGCCAUUCAAACCGUCCUCACGCCCGAGAUCGAGGGUGCAGGCGUAGUUCACAUGCUCAACAAGGUCCUCCGCCGAGUCGAACCCGCUGCCAACAACAUUGUCCUUUCGCUUGUGGUCGGCGUUGUUGUCGCGAUCGUCAAAUCGCUGCAGCUGGCCAACUUGAGGAGCCAGCAUAAGGAGUUUGUGACGAGCGUGCUCAAAGAGCACAAUGCCCUGCACGAUGCCGACUGGCGCGGCGCUGCUAGCCUCCUCGCCGCUCUCAACAAGGCGCUUCCAGCACCGCCCGACGGCUGGGUCGCCUCACAGGACGCCCACGCUCUGCGCUCGGUCAAGUCCUCGGCCUCGCUUGCCACGCUCACUCUCGAGACCACCCCGCGCAAGCGCCACAUCUCGCUCAGCGCUCCAGCAGACGCCGCAGGCGGUGCCGUCCUCGGUCUCUCGACUUCGCCCGGUGCCGGCGUCAACCUUGUUCGGCCCAUCGCCCAGUACCUCGAGGAGAUGGAAACCCUCAUCCACAACCUCUGCUCGCUGCAUUCGCUCAGCAGCCCCGCGCCCGAGCCAUCGUGGGGCGCACUUCUUCGCUCCGCCUUUGGCAUUCCGCUCUCGCAGGAGGACGCCAUCGAGUCCAAGGACAAUGCCAUCACUGUCAUGCGCUUCUACAUGACCCACAAACAGCUCUCGUUCCUCCGCGACUAUACCACCGCAACCCAGCUCGAGACGCUCCAGCUCGCGUUCAAGGCUGCAUCGGCUACGUCGACUUCAUCCGACGCCUUUCUGGAGACGCUUUCGGCGACGACCGGCGCGGCGUCAAUCCUGUUCCACGGCCAUGCCGACGUUUCCACCGCUCAGCUCUUUGCCGAAGCCAUCCAGCAGUGCCUCUGCCGCCGCAUGCAGCCGCCGUCGCCGCUCGUCUCCAUGUUCAGCGGUGUGAUGGAGGCACUCCACACCCGCAGCGCAGGCAGCCGAGACAGCUGCAACAAGCUGUCGGCCGCUGCCCUCGUUGUCCGCGACGAGCUCUUCGACCUGCCGUGGAUCAACCAGUCGCGCGCGCUCCAAGGCCUCGCUGCCGAGCUCGCAUGCAAGGUUGAAGCUGCGGCGCCAGGCUCGCUGCCGCUUCCAGCCUUUAAGGCCUUUACUCAUGAGGUGAUUCAGGUGCUUUCGGCUCUGUGCGAAGACGUCCGCAUCCUUAUGGGCCCACCGCCGUUUUCGGCGCCGUUCAUGGUGGUCGGCCUCGACGAGCUGGCGCUCGGCCUCGUCAAUCACUCGACAGCCCUCACCGUCGGUGUCAUCUACGAAGCUGCGUCGUCCAACACCGAGUACUCGGCCGCACUCAGCUCUUCGACUGGCGACGUCGAUGCGCCGGGCGUGCCGAGCUACAGCGAAGUCCUUGGCGAGUACUUUGCCCGCUUCCUUGCUCUCCUCAAGAUGAAGCUCGAGGCAGCUUGCGUCACACUUGGAUCGUCGAUCCGACUCGGCAUCAAAGCCACGUCAGUCUCCAGUAGCUCGGUGCUUGUUGGCACUAUUGACUCCAUCUCGGACGCCAUCCGCACACUCACCGGCCAUGUCCGCGAUGACCCGCUUGCGGCGCAGCUCGCGCUACUCUGCGACGCUGUUCCGGUCUUUGCCACCAAGCAUGCCGCGACGCUCCUGCCGCGGCUGAAUGCUGCGAUUGGCGCAGUCCUCAACGGAGCCCACCAGCUGCUGGGCGGGCGCGUCCGCGACGUCCUUGCCCAUGCCGUCCUGCGCGCUGGGCGGCACACGUUUUCACCUGUUCUCUUCGAGUCGUCGUCGCACGCUCUUGACGUCGGUGUCCACCUCGCGGCUCUGCCGGCGGCUGUCAUUCGUGGCCUCACCCUCCGGUUUGGUGUCGAGCAGCCGUAUUCGACCCAAGGCCCGCGCAUUGUCGGCGGCUCCGCGCUCGACCUCGGCGAGCCGUCGUCACCGGUCGGUGAGCCGCUGCCGAUGCUAGUCGACGCUGGCCGCGGCGCGAAGGCGGCGAGCGGAGGUGCGGUCGGUCUCUUUGACGUCGCUUCGCGGCUGCGGACCAUGGAGGACAAGACGCUUAUUUCGGCUGGAAACUCGGGCCUCAUCUACUCCAUCCUUGUCUUUGCAGCCACCCUCACUGCCAAGGCUGGCCUCCACUCCCGCACCGUCGGCCAGACGCUUGUCUAUGAGACGCAGAGCGAGAAGGACACAAGCGCGCAAGCUGUGGUCUCCGCCGAUGGAAGCGUCCACAUCACACCGGCCUCGUAUGUACUUGCAUCGAGCACUCAGGAGCAGCUCGAGUGUGUGUUCCACACCCAGCUCCUUCCGCUCUUCCUCACAACCUCGGACUUUCUUGUCCGCGAGCGCAAGGCCGGCUACGGCGUGCCGUGGCAGUCGGACGACGGCACGCCUCUCCUCUCCUCGCUCCCGCCAGCCGAGGGCAUGCUUGACAACUCGCGGCAUGUGGCCGGGCACAUCGCGUUUGCGCUCGCGCCCGCCACCCAGGCCAACGACGUGCUCUCACUCGUUGGUAGCAUCGAGCAUGCGCUCCACGACUUUGUCCACGUCUUUCCGCUCCACAUUCCGGCAGCUGUGGCGUAUCCACGGGCGGCGUCGCUGCAGGCGCAGGUGGCUGAAGACGCCCAGGUGCUUGCCGGCGAGUAUGGCGAGCUUAAUCACGAGUUGCUCACUCAAGCCUGUGCCUGCGAGACGCACCUCGACGAGGCUAGCGACGUCAAGGCACCCGAGAUGCUGCGCAAGGCGCUCGGCGAGUUCACCGAUCUCCUCCUCGAGUGGGCCGUCAAGGCACCGCACAUGCCGGGCAACAUUGCGCCGUCGCUGGCCAAGGCACCGCUCCUCCUCACCGAGGUCAAGCAGCUCAAUAAGUGGCAACAUGCGCUAUCCGAGUUCCGCAAGCUCUCAUGCUUUGAUGGACUCGCCGCCGACAUGACCGCGAUUGAGCAUUCGCUUGGCGAGCUCUCCAAGAUCUACUUUUCUCUCCUUGACAUGUUCGAGCUCGCGCGUGAGACCGGCGACAAUGACGAGGUCGAGACUGUCGUUGCCAAGCACCUUGCGCCGCCGACAGUGUUCAAGGGUGCGCUCUCGGGUGUGCGGGUUCUCAAGAACGAGUGGACCGACAAGGUCUUUGGCAGCGAGGGCUUCCUCAACACUGUCGCCGACGGUGUCCGGCGGGUCAACAACGCGCUCGGCUCGGUGUACCUCAAGAACUCGCCGGAGCUUCCUGGAAACGAGUAUGCAGUCGGUCUCCUCUCGCACCUCAUCAUGGGUGUCAACGCAUGUGCGCCGAUCACCGAACUGCUCAAGGUCUCGCACGCGCGCAGAGUUUACGUCACGCUGGCGUCAAUCACGGUUCCGGGCGUGUCGCUGGAAAAGGUGAUGCGGAGCUCGCCGGCCGUGCUCGACGCCUGGUCAGCGGUCCAGUACUCGCAGUCGGUGCUGAUGGCGAUGCUGGUCAAUCCGGAAGACGGCAAGCCGGACAACUUUGUGGUCACCCGUGACGGCGAGUCGGGCGCGGUCAAGGUGGUUUGUAUUGACAACGACCAUGCGUUUGUGGCGGCGCUUACCAACAAGAAGGGCGGAGGCGGGUCGUCGCCGCGCCGGUCCGGCUCUGGCAACCUCUCGUCGCCGCGCAACAUGCUCAAUGCGCGGCACCGCAACUCAAUCGACGUAACAAAUGGCGUCGGGUCUGCUGGUGACGGAGCUGGGGCACCAGGUGAGUCCGGCGAUCGCGUCUUUGUCAAAACCAUCCUGUACUGUUUCGACCGGAUGUACGACGCGAUUGAGCCAUCUGUGGUCGACGCGUUCCUGGCGCUCAAUCCUGGAGCAGUCAUCGAGUCGUGGCUGACAGCACUGGCACGGUACAACCAGCGGUUGGAGUGCAUGUUCACGCCAGACCAGAUUGAGCGGUCGUACCGUGGCGGGUCCGGCAUGCGGCUGCCGUUCUUCAUCGCGCCCAAGGCGGUCAAGGUUCUGUACUCCAAGAUGUGCCGGAUGCAGCGCGAGCUGCGGCUCAACCGCAAAAUGACGCACCUGGAGCUGCUGGCGACUGUCGAGCGGCGACUGGCAAUGCGGUAUGAGGAGGAGCUCAAGCUGCACGACAAGAGCCCCUACGCGCGGUUUGCCUCGCUCACUGCUGGCGCUUACCGCAAGAUCAAGACAUCGCUGGUGACCAAGACGGCCUCGUCGCGAAUCUCGUCGGCUAUGGUCUGCGCGGCGCUGCCCAACUCGAUUGCGGGCUUUUACGCCAACAACUACGUGCCCGAGGCUGCGCUGGAGGAGCUGUGCCAAGUGACCCGGGUGCGCGAGGACUCACUGGUGGCGUCUGCGCUCGAUGCGCUCUACCGUGGUGAUGUGAGCCUACUCGCUGAUCUCCCGGCUGUCUCGCUGCAGGAGCAAGUGGUGGCGCAGUACGAUUGGGCGAUUCUGGAUGCACGGCAGGGCGAGGCGUCGCUAUCGAGCUCGUUCAGCUCGUCAAGCUCGUCCAGCUCGGGCUCAAGCUCAGAGAGUGACGGCGAUGCGGCAGGCGGAGCUCGAGUGGUCGACGUGCCGGCCGGCGCCAGCAAUGAGGCGCUUGCGGACGUUCUGUGCACGCUCUCGAUGCGCCGUCUGGUCAUCCGCGGCGCGUCGUGCCUCACCUCGGGUCGUCUCGCGGCCAUUCUCAAGGGCUCACCGGAGCUUGUGGUCCUCGAGCUGUACGGCUGCUCGGGCAUCCAGCACGGCGGCGUGGCGUCAAUGGCGCCGCACCUCGAGGUGCUACGGAUGCACAACAUGGCGGAUCUCCGCGAUGUGGUCAAGCCGCGCUCGCUGCCUGCUGCGCGGUACUUUCCGCAGCUGCGGGAGAUUUUGCUGGCCGGCAACCCGUUGCUGCAGACAAUUGACCUGCCGCGGUACGUAACUGGCCUGGCCGAGUCGUUGGAAGUGCCAAACGUGCGUGUGCGCGGCGAGGCGUUUUCACCGGAAAUGCUGCGGCUUCUCCUGGAGAUGCGGGCCGAGUCGCACUCGCCGUCGAUGGAAGGCGCAAGUGACCCCGAGGCCGAGGCGUACAUCCGGGCCGAGCUUGGCGACGUCGGCACGUCGUUUGAGCCAUCGCCUGGCAUCAUUACCAACUGGGAGGUGCUCGGCGAGGCGCUCAGCUCAUCGACUUCGCUCACCCGGCUGGUGCUCAAGCAGCAGGCGCUCGAGCAGACCGGAGUGGCGGUGCUGGCCAAGAUCCUGCGAUCGCGGUCGGUGCGGUGGAAGCAUCUCGCGCUGCAAGAGUGUGGGCUGAACGACCGACUGGCGUCGGAGCUUGUGGACACGCUGCGGACGCGGGCUGGAGUAACGCCGGGCGGGAUUCGGCGGCCGCGCGGCGAGAGCGCCGGGAGUGCAGUCUCCGGUGUGCUCAGCAUCCUCGAUCUGCGGUACAAUGCGCUCGGAGGACACGCGGCACGGUCGCUGCGCAACCUGCUGCGAGCAACGCCUGAGACGAGUCGUGUGGCGCUUCGCGAGCUGAAUCUGCGGUACAACGCGCUUGGCGACAGCGGAGUCCAGGUGCUGGCGGACGCGCUGGUGGGCUCACGGCUCGAAGUGCUCAACCUCGACCGCAAUGGGGUGACCUACCGUGGCGCGUCGGCGCUGGCCGCCGUGCUGGCGAAUCCUGGCUGCCCGCUCACCUCGCUCUCGCUCUUCAACAACGAGCUGGGUGACGCCGGCGUGGCAGUCCUUGCCUCGGCCGGGCUGGCUAACAACCAGCGACUCAAGUCGCUUACGCUGCGCAAGACCGGAGCGGGCGCCGACGCGGCAUCCCAGCUGGGUGUGGCGCUGCAGGCCAACACGUCGCUGACAUACCUAGACCUCGACGACAACGGGCUCGGCGACCGCGGAAUCGCGCUGCUGGCAGACGGGCUCUUCUUUAACAGCGGCUCACUGCGCGAGCUCAAGCUCCAGUUCAACGACGUUGGCGAGGCUGGAGCAGCGGCGCUGUUCAAGGCACGCAACGGACGGCUCUCGCUGAGCCAUCUCGAUCUUGGGCACAACGCACUCGGCGCUGAUGGGGCGCGGCUGGUGGCGCAUGGGCUUCUCGACAACACCGCGCUGCAGUGGCUUUCGGUUCGAGCCAACGGCCUGGGCGACGUGGGAGCGGACCACAUGACGAUGGCGAUCACGACGUCGCGAACGCUAAUUGUGCUCGACAUGUCGGCCAAUGGCAUCUCGCCACGCGGCGCCGAGGUGGUGGCAGCUGCAGUCGAGUCGCGGGUCCCAGGCUCGGCGCUCACCGAGCUCAACCUCCGUGACAACGCGGUCGGCUUUGCCGGCAUGCGGUCGCUCCUCAAAUCGUCGCGCGGCAAGCCGCUCGUCUCGUGGCUCUCGUCAUCGGUCGACGCCUCGGUCCGCAGUGACGGCGGCAGCGAAGACCAAGACGCAGCAACAACCGCGGCCAUGGCGCGGCUCUCGCUCACCGCCUCGCCGUCCAAGUACUCGGUAUCGCCGGGAAUCGCCAGCGCCAACCGCAGCCUCGACGGCGCCGCACGGUUGUUUGACCAGGGCGAGGCCGAGUGCAGCGAGGUCAACCACUCAGUGGUGGUCAAGCUUGAAUAGCUACCUCGAUGAGUUCUGUUGCCAGGUUAAAGACUGACGACCGCCA